AGAAGUCUCGGUGCGUUAGGCAUGCAAAAGAACGCUGCCUCGGAACAACCUCACAGAGAAAUCUACACGAGUAUCGCAGUCCGUAAAGACGGCGUUAAAGGGAGCGACCCGCUACCGACCCCCAACCGCUCGUUUUAUAUCAAAUUAAAGGCGUGGAAUCCCCCGAUAACCUGGAAUCAACAAGAAAGUAUUUACACAGGAGAAAACGAAGAGUUCAAGGGCGACGUGGACCCUGCUGUCAUAUUGAAUACGGCGAAGACAUUUCCUCGAUAACUCCUGCAACAUGGCUUCCCCGGGCCUCAGUCUAAAUCCCUUCAAGCUGGCCAGCCAGAUACAGCAGAUGGGGGACCCGCGAACGCGGGACUAUCCGGUGGUCAUGAACCCCCUGGUUGUGUUCCCGCUGACCAUCUUCUACGUCUAUUUCGUCAAGGUUCUCGGUCCGCGCUGGAUGAAGAACCGGGAACCAUUCCAAAUCCUCAACCUCGUGCGCGUAUACAACUUGGCAAUGGUGCUUCUAAACGCCCGUUUCUGCUACAUUGUCGUCUUCCACGCCUACUACCCUCGCCGGCGCUACAGCCUCUGGUGCCAGGGCGUCACGGGAAAGAUGGACGAAGAACUGGCGUACUACUAUCGCACUGGUUGGUGGUACGUGGCCGUGAGGUACGCCGACUUCCUGGACACAGUGUUCUUUAUAAUGCGCAAGAAGUUCAACCAGGUCACUCACUUGCAUGUCAUCCACCACGUGAUCGUGGCGGUGAACGCUUGGUUUUGGGUGCUCUUCGCACCCGAGGGCCAACCGGCGCUCGGCCUGGCCAUCAACGCCGGAGUGCACACUGUCAUGUACACCUACUACUUCUUGGCUGCCAUGGGCCCGGCCAUGCAGAAGUACCUUUGGUGGAAGAAGUACCUGACGCGUAUCCAGAUCAUCCAGAACGUAGUGUUCAUGAGCCACAUGGCCAUCCCGUUGUUCGUGGACUGCGGCUUUCCCCGGUACCUAAUUUGGGUGGCGAACGCCCAAACUUUCCUUGUCAUGUGCUUGUUCAUCAACUUCUACAUACACUCAUACAUCAAGAGGCGAGGGACGCCGAAGCUUGAUGCAGGCCACGGAGCGGCUAAGGAAAAGUCUCAUGGUGUGUCGAACGGCAAGCACGACUAGCAUCUCGGCAUAGUGUGGAAAGUGAAACUUAUAUACUCAUAUAUGAUAAACUCAUUUAGGCGAUCUUGUGCAGAAAUUCAACGUUUUUAGCUUGAAAUGAUUUGCAGAAAGGACAAAAUACACAGUUGUGUGUGUUAAUGUGUGUGUCAGUGUUAAUGUUUUUUUUUGUAUCUUUAUAGUAAUUCUUUGUUAUAUUCAGUGGCAGGCCACUGAAGGAGAUGAAAUUGGGGAGGGCUGUGCGUAUACUUGUAUUUGAGACCUCAUCGAAUACGCGUAAGUUGUCAAAGGGGAUAAAAACAGCGUAAGGGACAGGACGAAAGCAGAGACUACCGACACAGUGCAAAUGUAAACUGGUAAAACGCCCGUAUGAUAGGCGUGAGAGAUGCUCAGGUGGAACGAUAGCACGCCAAGCACGUCGGGCUAACCCCACCUGCAUGCAAAUUUUAGAGUGACGAAUAUUGGCCCAGCAUCGUUUAAACUUUAUUCGCUAAUUUUGAAUGAAGCUUUUUUCGUGACAGGAUCCCAAGGAUAAAGCAAUGCGCGAUUCACUCUAUCAUAAAGACGAUAUACUAAAUAUAUAUGUUUAUAACAUUCUUUAUGAGCACCAAAAAGUACAGUCAUAAAGGCUGACAAGAACAAGGAAUCGCCUUGCUGAAGCGCUGAAGUGCUGUCGACGUCGUCUCUGCUUUCAACCGGUUCUUUGCGCUGUUUUUAUCCUUUCGUCACGAACCAACCAGCCCAGUUCCGCACACUCCUGCAGUAGGGUGCAAAACUGGGUGAGUUAGUUUAUGUCCAUUAUAACGGCAGCGCAAAUGCAACAAUAGUUUUUUGUUCAGUCACUGCACCACCACCUUAUUUGCACUGCCUCUUUAAUGAAUGGAAUAGAAAUCAAGCAGUGCCAGAAGCAAAUAGAAUCGAAUCGCACAUCGAAUACUGUUCGAAUAAAUUUUUAAUAAUGACCAGCUGUUUUCACUGUUCAUAAAAAAAAUGUUCACAUAUAUAUUCACAACAUUGGCAAGGUUCGGUCAUUACUUGGUAAAUUAUGAAGCAUUGUUCAUUAAUGCGCAGAAUGUUAGCAUCAAAUAAGUAUUGUGCCCAAUAAACAUCACGCUUAAAGAGGAACAUGCAUAUCAAAAGCACAUGUUGGAAUCUACUGGAAGCGAAGCUUUAGCGAAACUGGUAAAUAUACGCUAUGCAGCUAAAUGCGAUGCGUACGACUUUGUCUACUUUCAUGCUACGCGACGUGUAAUUUCAUGAAAUAUUUGUUUAUCGCCACACAACCGAAACUACAUUGCGAUACAAUUUUGUGACUAUGCACUACAUAGCCCACAAGCGCUGUUGAAAUGGAAGCGCCAAAUUAGGCGGAUGCACAUAGUGAGACGUAUAGGCAGUGAUGUCACAAGGGCGAAGGCGAUGUUGAUGCUUGUCAAAAAAUUAAAGUAAAUUAUGGGGUUUUACGUGCCAAACCACUUUCUGAUUAUGAGGCACGCCGUAGUGGAGGACUCCGGAAAUGUCGACCACCUGAGGUUCUUUAACGUGCACCUAAAUCUAGGCACGCGGGUCUUUUCGCAUUUCGCUCCCAUCAAAAUGCGGCCGCCGUGGCCGGAUUCAAUCCCGUGACCUCGUGCUCAGCAGCCUGACACCAUAGCCACUGAGCAACCAUGGCGGGUGAUGCUUGUCAAGGAAAGAACGCUGAUGAUAGGUAUAUGUACAGAUAGGUAUGACAUGUAUCAAGGCGCACUUCAGGAUUCUGUACCUUCCGUGUCACAGUGGGACAUGCCCAUUCUGGAGGAUUGGCAAAGAACAAACACCUGUGCAUUACAAGCUUUUGCCCUGAUGAUCGAAGUUAAGUCAGGUGUAUUCACUUGUGAUCUUACCGAUCAUUUACCACUUUAUUGUCUAAUACCGUCGAAACAAAAGCGUAUAUUAGAAAAAGAAACUCUGGGUAGAGACUACCCGGAACAAAACAUGUUAAGGAUAAAAGAACUUAUGGAACAACAGAAAUGGGAUAUUGUCAUAAAAAAAAACGAUCUAAAUGUUGCCUAUAAUGUCUUUCUGAAGUGUUUUAUUUCUGCCUACAAUGCCUCCUUUUGCGCUAAAACAUCUUCAAAACACGCAAAAAACAAAUAAACCUUAGAUAUCGCAUGAAUUACAUACCCGAAUUAAACACAGGCAGAGACUUUUCCAGAAGUUCUUAGACACAAGAUAUAUUUAAGAAAGUGAGGAACAAAUUAUGUUCGUAUAUUAAAAAGAAAACCGAGAAUUCUACACGAACAAAUUUUCUGAAAUUGUAGGAAAUUCUCGUCUUGUACGGAAAGCGAUCCGGGACAUAGGCAAGACAAGUUCACCAAAACGUGUUUUGUAUGAAAGUGAGUCCAUGAGUGACAUUGAGGUCACAAACCUGUUUAACCAACACUUUAUUAAUGUGGGUGCUUCUGCAGAUGACCACGCUAGAAUACUUUGCCAACAUUUUGUGAAAACACACUGUCAAAAUACUAUAUUUAUGUCACCCACUGUUCAAUAUGAGAUAACUGAUGUCAUAUUGGCCUUAAAAAACGAUUGCGCCGCGGGAGCUGAUGAUAUUAAACCUAGACCACUGAACGCUGUCGCGAAGAUGGUAAGAAUCCCCCUUGCACAUUCUCAACCUCAUUGUUUCAAGCGCAGUGUUCCCAGACGCAAUGAAGUUAGCCCGCGUGACCAUAAUACAUAAAGGUGGUUCCGUUAAAGACAACAACAAUUACAGACCAAUCUCAGUGCUUCCUAUCUUUGCGAAGAUAUCGGAGAACAUAAUACAUAAAAGACUUUCUGGCUUUCUGACCAUAAAAAGGUUUAAGAAAAACAAGUCGAUUGUAAGUCCACUUCUUGAAAUAAAGGAGCACAUACUAGACAAUAUUGAACAGAAUAUAGUUACCUUAGGAAUAUUUCUGGAUUUUAGAAAGGCUUUUAACUGUGCCCAACAUGAUGUGCUCUUAAGGAAAUUGCUAUCGUAUGGAAUACGCGGCAAAGCUUGGUCGUUGAUAAAAAGCUACUUAACUUCGAGAGCUCAAUUUAUUUGUAUAAAUGGUGUAAACUCUGACCUAACAUGUGUAAGAUUUGGUGUACCACAGGGAUCAUUUCUAGGACCGACGCUAUUUUUAUUAUACAUUAACGAUAUUGUAAACAUUAACAAAAAUACAAUGUUAAUUUUAUAUUUAGACGAUACGAAUGCAUUCUUCCCAGGUGCUCAUGCAAGAGAAGUAUUUCAUCGAGCUAACGAAUGGCUAACAGGUCUGGAUUUGUGGCUUCAAUCUAAUAGACUUCAAUUAAACAUCAGCAAAACGAAAUACUUACUCUUCUGGCCGCGAGGAAACCACCCGACUGUAAACUUAAAUUUAAAAUUUCAAAACGUUACCAUUGAACAAUCUGUAUCAGUUAGAUUUUUGGGGGUAGAAUUUCAAGAAAACCUUUCAUGGACGCCUCACGUUGACAAGCUCUCAAGUGAGCUAAGGUGAGCUGUUAGAAUCUUAAAUAAAGUAAUAUAUUAUAUCCCGCCUGUGGUGAAAAGGCAGAUAUAAUACGCGCUUAUUCAUUCCGGGUUAUGUUACUGUUUAUUAUUAUGGUCAACAACGACUAAGACCAACCUAGUCUGUCUUUCUUCCUUGCAAAAGUGAGCGGUGUGUGCAACCGGAAAUUUAGAACUUCCGGAAGACACUACACCUUUUUUGAAAUCAAAUCAAAUGCUGCCUAUUCAUCAACUGUAUAAAUAUAAACUGGCCCGAGAAAUUUUGCAUCAGCACCAAACAACUCCUUUGCAAAGCAAAUAUCGAGUAAUACCUGGUCCGUAUGACCUACGAAAGAAUUCAAUACCCAGGUCACAUUCCCGUACAAAAUAUGGCGAUUAAAAACUAAGUUUUAAACCAAACCUACUAAACGAAUAUCCGGAAAUAGCUGAAGCACUGGUUACUGCUAUCUGAGUGCAGACUUUCAGAAAAAUUCUCAGAAAUACAGACUAAAAAUCGUGCCGGACUGAUCCUAGUUGGUUUCCGCUUAAUCUGUGAGUCUUUGUUUUUCAUUGUGAAAGUCAGAUAUGUUUUCUGUACCCGGACGACUGCUGCUUCGACAUACCUGUAUCAUGUAUCUGAUUGUAUCUGUAUUUAUGUUAUCGAUGUAAACGAAAAGAAAGAAAGAAAGAACAGUUAUUGAUGUCUA